GCAAGCGCGCAAGUAAAAUAAAAGAUGGAGGUUGUUUACACUUGAUACGGGUUUCUCCCAGAGGAUUCAGGAAAAGUUUACAAUGGGAAAUACGACAGUUGUUGCUUCUGGUGUCAAACAGCAGGCUGAUGCUGGGGCAAAAGAACUCUAUAAUCUUGUUGACUUAAAGGGAGGUGGGGAACUUGUUGAGUUAAUGAAAAGAGCCAGGUGGACCAAAAAUUUUAAGGAGAUUGAUGACAAAAUUGCUGAAGUGAAAAACUUUCUUUAUGAUGAGGGUCGAGGAAAGAAAAUACCAAUAGUUGACUUAGUCAUGAUGAGAAGCCAAGAGAGAGAUAGUCGCAAACCAAAAAUAGGGAAAGAUAAACGUUUAAAAGAGAGGGACCUGGCUCUAAUUGAUAUGAACUUUCCAGAUGCAGAAGCUAAUUAUUUUAGAAAUAAACCAGCUGACACCAAUUUGCCAGAUCGUAAAUACCGUGUAGAAUGCUGGGAUAUCAACCAAAGAGGUACCGUUGGUGAAAACAUCCUCCAUAUGUGUGUAUUACUGUCAACAGCUAUUCAUGCAGAUCUUGCCAAAAGAUUAAUUAAGGCCUAUCCUAAAUUACUGAAUGAUAUCUACCUUAAGGAUGAGUACUAUGGUGAGAGUGCUUUACAUUUUGCCAUUGUAAAUGAAGAUCCUGCAAUGGUUAAAUUUUUAUUGGAUCAUGGGGCUGAUUAUCAUCAGAGAGCCACAGGAAAUUUCUUCACCCCGGACGAUCAGAAGGAAUCUAGGACAGAUUCACUAGAACAUGAAUGGGUGGACUUGUGUGAGAAAACUGAUUAUGUAGGCCAUGUAUAUUAUGGAGAAUAUCCCUUGAGUUUUGCUGCCUCUCUUGGACAGGAAGAAUGUGUUCGUCUGCUUUUAGCAAAGGGAGCUAACCCUAAUCUCCAGGAUACCAAUGGCAACACAGUUAUGCACAUGUUGGUUAUCCAUGAUAAAAAGUCUAGUGGUGCACCUUUAACGGAAAUGUUUGACUUGUUACUAAAUAUGGGUGGAAAGCUUGAUAUAAAGAAUAGACAAGGAUUAACCCCCCUUACUUUGUCUGCAAAACUUCCAAGAAAAGAAAUGUAUGAGCAUAUCUUAGAGAAAGUAAGAGCUGUGAUGUGGAUAUAUGGCAAUGUAACUUGUGCUGGUUAUCCACUCAAAUACAUAGACACCAUCUCAGAAACUGGAGAGAUCAAUAAAGAUUCAGUUUUAAGUUUAGUGGUUUAUGGGGAGCAAGAGAACCAUCUGAGUAUGAUGGAUGGUUUGGUUGUUAACUUACUCAAGGAAAAAUGGGUUACAUUUGCAAGGUUCAGAUUUUAUCGAAGAUUUCUGGCUUUCAUCACCUACUUCAUCAUCUUUCUUGUGGCUUUUGCUUUGAGACCAGGAGAAGAUAAAUGUCCUGGUACCGUACAAACAUUUAACCUGACAGGAAACGGUAUGAUUAAUACGACCAAUGCUCCGGCAGAUCCAUGCUUCCUCCUCAAAGCUUGUGAUACUAAUGACAAGGUACGAUGGGCAUUAGAAAUAAUUGUCCUGCUAGCGUCCAUUAUGUAUCUAUGUUUAGCUAUGAAGGAAAUUUACCAUCAGGGAUUCACUAUAUUUUUCACAACUUUGGGUGGAGCACCUAUGAAGAUGUUGUUCCUGUUGUCUUGUGUAUUUGUUGUGAUGAUGCUCCCUGGACGAGCAACGUGUUCCACACAGUAUGAAGAUGUUGUGGCUGUUCUGGCUAUUUUAGGAACAGCUCCUUAUUUUCUGUUCUUUUGCAGAGGUUUUAAGAUCUUAGGCCCCUUUGUUGUGAUGAUAUAUAAAAUGGUGAAGGGAGAUCUGUUGAGAUUUUUUAUCAUCUAUGUCGUCUUUAUCAUAGGAUUCUCGCAAUCAUUUUAUGUUGCCUUUAUUCAAUCAUCAUGCAAUCCUCAAACAGACCCAUGUGUAUUUAAAAAUCCAAUUGAUUCAGCAUUUGGAUCAUUUGCAAUGAAUGUUGGGGAUUUUGAGGACAUAUAUGCCACAUUUGAUUCCUCUCCAUUUCCUAUGCUUGUCAAGAUAAUGUUUGCCAUAUACAUGAUCCUGGUGACACUACUUCUAGUCAACAUGUUAAUUGCCAUGAUGGGUAACACAUACCAGCUUAUCAAUGAAACACAGAAAGAAUGGUUCAGACAGUGGGCCAAAGUAGUUCUGGUGAUAGAACAAAGUGUAACUACUGAAGAGAGGAAGAAACAAAGGUUAAAGUAUUCACAGCCCUUACCUGAUGGUGACCGAGCCCUUGUUAUAAGGUGGCAUCAAUCAGAAAAAGAGAGAGAAGACUUGAAGAUUGCUAGAGAAGAACAGAGGAUUAAACAGAAACAGAAGAUUAUGGCAGAAAGGAAGAAAUUAAUUCUGAAAAAGACAACAAAUUUGGCAAGUAUCAUAAGUUCCACUGCUGCCAGGGAAGGCAAAAUUAAUGUAUGACACUAAAUCUUGUCUUCUGUAAUCCUGAACUUAAUCACUUGUAAUCCUUAAUAUGAUCUUGAACUUAAUGAAAUCACUUGCUGUUCUUAAUAUUCACAUAGUGAAUUGAACACUUAUGCUUUUUGCCCCGAAAAAAUAAAUUCCUGCAGUUGAUUUUUUUCUGUGCCUAAAUUUUUUUUGAAAUUAUGUUAUCUAUGAACCUUGACAAAUACUUUCCAACCAUUGUUGGUAAUUUUUUAAUGUAUGCCAUUUAAUUUUUUAAAAGAAAACUUUUACUAGAUUUUGUUUCAAAGAACGGAAUAGAUGAUAACGGAAAAUUUUGAAAAAGAAUUUUCUUUUAUAGACAUUCAUAUUGUCUAUUUUAUUUAGAAGAAUUUAUCUUUUGUAAAACUUUUUAAUAUAAGACUAUGUUAUAUAUUUUUUUAGAUAAUUUUGACUAGAUCUUUGUUCUUUCAAAGAAUUUAGAUUUGAAAUUUGGAAUUUAUUUUAAGUUUAAUUUUUUGUCAGGCUUUUUGACAUGCACGGAAAUUUGAUUACUGUUUACUUAUUUUUUUAUGAAACACAACUUGACAUUGCCUUACUUAUAGUUCACUGUGCAAAGUAUUGUUUUCUUUCACAUAACGAAAUAACUGAUAUCAAGAUAUAAUAGUAAUUCACAUCAUUUGUGUUUGUAAGAAAACUGUUAACCCCAGUUAAUUGGUAGUAAAGACUUUUAUUUUUGCAUUAAAUCCUGUCUUUCCAUUAAUAUAUAUAUAUAUAUACAUUUCUGGAUGUUGAAAUUUGGUAAAUUUAAAUUUUUUAAAAUAGACAACAAUAUAGAGUGGGGCGCACAUAUUCGCCGGGGAAACAAUUUCGCCGUUUUAUGAUUUUGAGGUGUAGAAACUUCAAAGGAUUGCUGAAAUGGAAGAAAUAUGCCGGUAAAUUAUAUUUUUAUAACAAUUAUGAUUAUUUUUUAAACUUAGAAAAAAUUUUGGCACUUACUGCAAAGGACCGAAAAACGGACAACGAUUUUCGGCCAAUUUCCUGAAUGAAAAAAAAAGAUUUCAAAGAAGUAUUUCUUAGUAAUUCUUCAACUGAUUGCCCUAAAUUUCAGUUUUUUACACCUUUGAAAUGUCUGCUAUUUAUCUAUGAUGAAAUUGAUUUGAUAAAUAUUGUUUAAAGCUGCACAGUUAUUUUGUUUUAAAUAGAUGUGUAAAAACGGCGAAUAUGUGUCUCCCUAUGACAAAACAUCAGGUAAUAUUAAAUAGGCUUUAAUCUAACUUUUCAGAUGAAUUUUUUCAGAGAAACACGUUUUCAAGCUAAGAAUGUGUUGCUUUUGAUGUUAUCUUCAUAUAGAAAUAUCAGUAUACUUCAAAAACUUAAAGGUCUGAACAUAAACUGCAGAAAACAUGGAAAAUUAUGGCGAAAAUGAGCACCCCACUCUAGUCUUUUUUUGGUUUACAGACUGUGUAAUGAAAGAAAUUAAUAGAUUUACCAUUAAAAUAAAUAUGUGUAACGAAUAUCAAAUAACUAAUUAAUGAAAACUUUGUAUUAUUCGGAAUAUUUUAUGUUCAGUUGUUAGGGUAAUAGACAAAAUAUACAUUUACUUAUUUUUACUUCAUAUUCAAAUAGCACUAAGUGUAGAUUUAUAGUAAAAGUAAUAUUGACGAUAAUAUCAAAACUAUAUUUUAUUGUGAUAUAUGUAAGCAUUUAGUAUAAUGACGGGUGAUAAAUUUAUAUAAUUUGUUAUAGUAUAAAAUGUUUAAAUAUAAAAUUCUAAUGGUGCAUUAAUUUUUCCAUUAAAUUUGGAAGUCUGUAAAACAAAUUUAUAAGAUACAUAUUCAGAAGCUAUUUUGGUGGGCAAUAUGGAGCAUUUCUAAAAUUUACUAAAUGAAAACUUAUGCUGAGACAUGAUAACCUUAGAAUAUAACAAAUUUGACAUAUUUUUGCGAUACUUUUCAAUAUCAAAGAAAUAUCAUGCCAAUAAAUAAGCACUGGCUAAGGGACUUUUGAUUCCCUUGUGGACUUGCACAAUCUACUUACAGUGUUCAAGAAUUAAAGAAAAUUGAUACAAUGUUUUUCUAAUUUGCACUUUUGAUAUGAUUUAAAGUUAAGACAACAAUAAUUUAUAAAUGUUAUAUCUAAGUCAUUCCCAUUUGAUAUUCCUGUGAUAAAUUAUAACUGCUGAUUAAUAUUUUAGCAUUAUUCCGUCCUUAUGAUAAGUAUAAUUUUAAAUAUAUACAUUAUUUUAAAUAUAAUAUUAAAGAUAAACUAUACUGCUGAUUAUAAUGUUUUGAACCGUCCAUUUAUUAUUCAAUAUAUUUAAUAUGUUUUAUUUUUAUAUUGUUUUUUAUGUGUACUAUCAAGUUUUUACAUUCCAUGUAAUUUACAUGUUAAUAUUCAACAAACUAAUGUUUAUGGUUGUGCAAAAUUAUGUUUUUAUUGUAUUGAAAUAGUUUAACAACUAAUUUCCACACGUAUAUUUAUUGUUCCUCAACAAUUGUUUUGUGGUAUUCUAAAGUCACAAUACACUUACCUAUACGAAUUAUCAGUUCACAUGUUUGUUUAUUGUUUUAUUCCAUAUAUGGCUGUAUUAUUUAAAGCUUUUCCUAUAGCAGGAAUGUUUCCUAUAGCAGGAAUGUUUCCUAUAGCAGGAAUGUUUCCUAUAGUAGGAAUGUUUCCUAUAGCAGGAAUGUUUCCUAUAGCAGGAAUGUUUCCUAUAGCAGGAAUGUUUCCUAUAGCAGGAAUGUUUCCUAUAGCAGGAAUGUUUCCUAUAGCAGGAAUGUAAACUGUAAACAUAUGAAUAAAGAAAUACAUGUACAGUAUAUUUUAAUGCUUCAUAUAAAAUAAGAUAAGAAAAUUUUGUUUUGACUCAGCAUUUUUUUAAACUAUACAACAUAAGCUCGAAAGAGUUUUUGACCGAUCAUAAAAACAUAGACAACAUAAAAAAAAUAAUAAAACAAUAACAACUUACAUUACAUGCACAAAAUUUGGCAUUUACACGUAUGUUGAUUGGUCAUACUUAACACUGAAACUCAAUAUUAUCUGAGUUGAAUUGAGAGUUUUGAAUGUAGCAUUUAUCAAUGGUCAACUGCUGUAUUCUGUUGAAAAUAUGAGCAAAAAUAUUUUUUACAUGAAUAUUCUUAACAUGUAUAAUGAAGUAUGAAUUAUCCAUUUAUAAAGUUUAUUGUGCCCUAAACUGAUAUGUGGGGGUACCUUGUCAGCCCUUGUAAAAUAUUAUAGGUUAUUGCUAUUUUAACUAUGAUGAGUCAAACUUGGAUGAUUCCAAAUCUUAUUUAACUUGAGAAUUUUUUUAAGUCCCUGCGAAAGAAAAAUGAAUGUAUGAAUUAGUCUCAAUAACCUGGUAGUACAAAACAUUGAUGGUAAUGACCAUGUCCUGUUUUACAGAACAAUGUUUAACCCAUCAAUCUCUAAUUUUAUACAUACUCGAAUCAUUCAACAUACAGAUAAUUGCCAAAAUAAACAAGCAAGUGGAAAUUGGCUUUGUAACUGUCAGCAUAUAGUCAUGUACAGCUAACAUAUCUGAUGUAAAAGAACUCAAUGUAUCCAACUUUAGUUAGUUGUUCCACUGUUGUAAAAAUAUUAUUUAUGUUUAUUUAUGUUUUUUGUAGGCUAGUCUUUUGAAAAUGGGUAAAAAAUAACCUGAUUUAUGUAUUGAAUGUAUGCAUUUAAUAUUUGUCAUGUGAUGAAUUGUCCUGUUAUUAAUUUUACUAAUAUUCUAUAGGUUUUAUGAAUACAAUAAUUCACAUUUACCAGUUUUAAUGUAAACCUAUUAAGAUUUAUGACAUAAUUUGAAUGUAUAAUAUAAAACAUUUAAUGGAAAUUUCAAUUUUGCAGUUAAAAGUAUGAAAUGUUUUAUUAGGUCUUUCCACCUUUCUGUUCUGAUUAUUAUUAAGCCUAAACACCUAGGGUCUUUUGGAUUCUUUGGCAAUAACUUGGAUUUAGAGAUCAAAGUCAUGAUCUAAAAUUUGACCUUUGCUUGUUAUUUCAUCUCAUCUGAAACUAUAAAAAAUAGAUAUAAAAGAACCAGUAAAAAAGGUUUGGAUUUUCCAAAUACAAAUUUGUUAUAUUUUGUCCGAAGCAAUCAGAUGACUUAUAGGAGUUAUUGCCCCUAUAAUGUUUAAAUUAAAAUAUUAUUGAUUAUAAUUUCAAACAGGUACAUAAUAAAGCCAUGGGUUUUUGGAGUAUCCCCCUAAUUUCUCAGAAGAGUAUUAGAAACCAUUAUUUUUGGAAUUGAAUUAAAGUAACCUAAAUUCUUGUGACAUUGUGUAAACCUGAAGUUAAACAUUAUCUCCCUCAUGCCAAGCAAAAGGAAUCAUUGAAAAGUAAGCUAUCAUUUGACAUUCAAAGUUACUUUUUCUUAACCAGGAGAAGCUUAUUAUCUCCUUAUUUCGCAAAAGAUUUUAUAUUCUACAAACAAUAUGUUUUUGGAAUAGGCAUGAGAUAAGCUAUCUUCUGACACAAGUUGCUACUACUUUUAGAAAAAACCCUCAUUUUCUUAUCAAUAAAUGAGAAUUUGAGGUGGAAAGACCUUCAAUUGUUCUCUGAACAAUUAGAUUUUGAUAGAUAAUGUUACUUUUUUUCAGUUUAACAUUUGAAGUGGUAUUUGAUUAACACAUCUGCACAAAACUAUAAAUAGUUGUACAUUAUGCUUAUGUUGUCAGAAAUAUCAAAUCCGGCUCUAAAAACAGUUAAAAAAGAGAGGCUACCAAGGUUUUCUCCUGUUUCGUAGUGAGUAUUAGUAAAGGCUGAGGUAUGACAUAAGUGCUAUUAUUUGGCCCCUGAAAUUGCGAAAAUAGUAUAAUUACUCAAGCUUUUCAAAAAUAUGUUAAUUCUAUUGUUAAAUGAACAGGUUAAUUUACUCUGGACAUUUUAGUGCAAAAGGUUACUUGUGAUGUCACUGAUGUCAAAACAUGUUGAAAUUGACAAAUUUGACCUAAAAUGACCAUUUUACACAUAGUAGACAAAAUACAUCUGAGCAUUAGCCUUAUCCAAAAAGGUAUUUCACACACAUUUACAUGUAAUAAAAAAUGUAAAAUACAGAUUGUAGCAAAAAUCUCUUAUUUAAUUAUCAAUGACAAAAUCUCAAAUUUUUUAGCAGUUUUUCCUUUUUUUGCACAAAAUUCAAAAAGUCUGGAGCCCUAAUGCAAAUAUGUUAGACAAAAUUCAAAAAUAUGAAUAUUGAUGUCCGACAGACUAAUGUCUCGUGAACAUCUGAAGGAUGUAGAUUUAUGACACUUUGGUUUUAAGGGACCAAAAAAGUGACCUUAUCAUACCUUCUCCUUUGAUAUUUCUCAACAAAGAAUGUAUAUUGUUUUUAUCCUGCAAUUUAACAUUGAUGUUUAAAUGUUUAGUUUUUUAAUUCCAAAUAUUUUAUUAUUUUACAUUGCUUAAAAUCAGACUUCAAAGAGGUCAACUAAAUUCACUUUGACUAAAACAGUAAUUUAAAUGUUACCAAGUACUCAAAAUAGCAAGAUACCAGUUACUAAUAUUUGUAUGCUAAACAAAUGCUGCAAAGAUUAUUUGAAUUCCUUUUUAUUUGUACAAUAGUUGGCUGAUUGCAGGAUAAAUGCUUUUCUUCCACUGAUUAGUGGUUGUAAAGAUUCAAUUUUUGAACAACAUGUAAAUGGUUUGAAAAAGAGAUAUGGGGAUAUACAUGAGCAAUCAAACGUGUGCUACACUAUUAAUAGUAUUCAGAUAUUGAGGGUGCAUCACAUAGUUGUUUAUGGAAAAUUGUUUGUUAAUUCAGCAUUGUGAGCCCAAACCCAACUAUAUAUGCUAUUUUCAUGACAUUGUUGAACAACAUGACAUUGGCAGUAGUUAUUCAUUAAAAUUUUAUUUUUUUAUAUUAUAUGAUUAAUUAUUUUAUAUUAUAUGAUUAAUUAUAUCUUAUUUUGAUUAUAACAUGUAUUUUAAUUUGAAAAUUUAAACAAAGCCGACUUUCCUUAAAUACUGCUGAAUAUAGACGACAAAAUGUGCCUUUGUUUAAAAUCAGACUUAUUGUUAAGAUAGACAUUCAAGAUUUAACUGUGUAUCGAUGUGAACAAGUGUGACCCUUGCCAUCUUGUAUAUUUUGCUAAGAUUUGUGAGUAUCAUAUGUUGUAAAAAUUUGCAAAUUUAUUUAGGAUAAACAGUUGCUAAAUGAAUACUUUCUUAUAAUUAGCAAAGGGUGGCAACUUUUGAACACAAGUGAGAUAAUUAAACUUGAUAACUGGAUGCUACUGCAAAUGAACCAGAUUUUAUACAUUUUUUUGUAAUGAUCAUGAAAUCAAGAACAAGUUCCCCAUCUUUUUUGGGGCAUUGAAUGAUUUCUUUCAUAAUUUUUUUUUCUUCAAAUAAUAUACAUCUAUUUUUUUAAUUACCAAAGAAUAUUAAUAUUGAAUAAAUGUAUCUUAUCUUUCUACUUAAAAAAUUUUAUCAAAGAAAUGACUUUCUUCAACCAAAUAUACAUUUUUUUCCUUUUACCCUAUCCAAAGAUUGUUUUAAUGAAACAUAAAGGUAAUACCCCAAUUGAUUUAAUAUUAGUUACAUUUAAUACUUUUUGUUAAGCUUCAUUCAAAUUUAUUGUAAUUUUCAAACAAUAUUUUUCAUUGAAAUUGAUGAAUUUAAUUAAAAUAAAUUAAUACACAUCAAAAGUUUCGGUACAGUAAUAAUAAGAACACUGCAAUAUUUCCUUACACAUGUUAUAGUUGAAAUAUUAUUAUCCAUUAUGUAUUUCUACCACUGUGAGCACCAAAUCACUGCAAAUCAAAACCAUCACAACAUAGUAUUCUAUUAUACUUAAGCAUUUGUUUUCUACCAGUGUAAGAAUAUUUUAAAUUUUAAUAGAUUAUUUUAUAGAUUUAUUAUUUUAGCCAUUUUGACCAGCCAUUGUUACCAGUCAUAUUUUGUUUUACAAUAAAUGUUGAUAGUUAUAA